AUGGCAGAGAAAAUUAUACAACUAGAGCCGACGAUGGAACAAAAGCCACUUGCUAUUCCGCAAGACCAACAGCCCCAGGAGCAAGAACCGCCACAAACGAGCUAUUCUAGCCCUGACGUCGUAGAGCAGUCAGAAUGGUCAAAUAGUAUCUGGAAUUGCUUCUCUCCAAGCUCACUUUGUCUCAAAGCGUUCUUUUGUCCAUGUUUUGUUUAUGGCAAGACUCAACAUCGGCUCAACAAAGAUCCCAAUCUCAUGGGAUAUUCACGAUUUAAUAAUGACUGUUUUAUAUGGGCGGGUGCUCAAUGGUGCGGUCUAGGAGCCAUAUUAACCGUUCUUCAACGACGCCAAAUUCGAACGGAAUAUGGGAUUGGAAAAGCAGGAGAGGGAGAGAUUAAGGACAUAGCUUUGAGUUGGUGUUGCCAUUGUUGUGUUCUGAUGCAACAGGAGAAGGAGGUUAUCAUGAGGAAUCAGGGUAGCGAUGUUUUUUCACAGGGUUAUCAGAGGACGGAGCCAAUGGCGAUGGCACAAACCGAUUGAUGAUAGAGGGGCUUUAACAGGACGGCAAAAUUGGGAUACCAAAUCACUCAAAUGAAAUCAUGCAUUGAAAACACUUAUAAUCUAAAACCUUAUAAUAAUUUCAAUCUCAAUUUCAGUCCAAAAAAUGUAUGAUAUGGUACACAUACAAAUGGAU